AUGAUUAGGGGUAGUUAUAUAAUUGGUUGUGUUCAAUGUGCCAAAGGACGUUUCAUUAUACGGGGAUUGAACAAUUUGAAUCGUGCUAUAAAUGGGGAUAAAGUGGCGAUUGUGGAGAUAAAAGAUUCUUCUACAACUGAAGCUGAAAGUGAUAUAGAUGAUGAUAUAAUUGGCCUAGACGGGGGAGGAGAAGAUGGUGAAAUAGUUAACUAUUGUUGUGGCUCUAAUGAUGAAUUGUUGGGCCGCGUAGUUGGCAUUAUAUCUCGGAAUUUCAGAGAAAUUGCUGGGUCAUUACAGCCCCUGCAGUUAUCAUCAUCGACCAACAGCAGGAUCUUUAUGCCCAUUGACUCUAGAAUCCCCUUCAUAAACAUAAAGACGAGAAUGUCCAAAGAACUGGAGGGGAAGCGAAUUACAGUCAAAAUUGCAGAUUGGCCAGCCGACUCAAAGAGACCGAAUGGUUACUGGGUCAGAAUAUUGGGUGAUAUUGGCCAUGUAGACGUUGAGACUUGGGCUAUUCUCAUUGAAAAUUCAAUUACAGUUGACGAAUUUUCCGAUUCUGCACAUAAAGAACUUCCUUUAUCUAGUUGGAUUGCUGAGCCACAAUCUGGUAGAAUUGAAUGGACUGAUACCACUGUAUCAGUUGACCCUCCUGGUUGUACAGAUAUAGAUGAUGCCCUUAGUUACAAAAAGAUCGAAAAUAAUCUAAGAAUUGGAGUACAUAUAGCAGAUGUAUCUCACUUUGUCAAAGAUGGCAGUGCCCUGGAUAUGGAGGCGUCAAAGCGUUGCAACACCGUAUAUCUAGUUGACAGGAGACAUGAAAUGUUGCCUGAGUUAUUAACUAGUAAUAUAUGUUCUCUAAGAUCUAAUGUGCACAGGUACGCAUUUAGCGUAAUUUGGACCAUGGAUUUAGAGGGUAAUAUUUUGGACACCAAAUUCACAAAGUCAAUCAUAUGUAGCAGUGCAUCACUCACUUACGAACAAGCUCAUCAGAUCAUCCAAGGCCAUAUAUCCGUUUCCAGUGAAGUUAAGGAAUCUUUAACGGGUCUACUAGAAAUUUCCGCUAAACUUAGGCAAAAGAGGAUUGAAAAGGGAGCUUUGGAAUUGGCAUCGGCCGAAGUAUCAUUUGAUUAUGAUGAAUCAUCACAGAUUAGGGGAUUGAGACCGUAUAAGCUUUAUCCUACGAAUCAGAUGGUAGAAGAAUUCAUGUUACUGGCGAAUACUAGCGUGGCAAAGAAACUAACUAAUACCUUCCCCUGUACCAUAAUACGGCGACAUCCUCUUCCACAAUUGGACAAACUGGAAGAGCUAAACAACACAUUGAAGUCUUGCGGAUUUGGCCAACUCAGAUACAAUAACUCAAAGGAGCUAAAUGAAUCUUUACAGAACAUAUCACGAAAACACCCGCAUAUAGAAAGGAUUUUGCGCAUUUUGAGCACUAGAUGCAUGUCACAGGCUGUGUAUUCCAAUUCUAAGGAUGUACCAAGGCUCGAGUGGCAUCAUUAUGGGCUAUGCGUGGAUGUAUAUACUCAUUUUACCUCGCCCAUUAGGCGAUACGCAGAUAUUUUAGUUCAUAGGCUACUGGAGGCAGCUCUUGAAAUCUCCACAAUACCAGAAGGGUGGAAUAGAAAGUUGACAGAAUCUUGUGACCACAUGAAUGAUAAGUGUUUCGCUUCCAAACGUUCUUCGCGUGCUUCAAUUGAAUUAUUUUCGUACUAUUUGUUUAAGAAAUCAGGCCCUAAAGUUACCAAAGGCAUAGUUACAGCACUACGUAACAGCGGAAUCACCGUAAUGUGCCCAGAAUUCGGAAUACAAGUAUUUGCAUCAAGUGCAAAUAAGACGAGGCCAUAUAAGUUAUUCGACCAGAUAGACGUAAAGCUGGAAUCACAUGAUAGAUUUUCGAGGUUUUCAGUGAUUGCUACUGUUUGA